UUCAAUCUUAACGUUACAACUAGAGACUUGCGCACCUUAAUGACCGACAGGUGGGUGAAUGAUGAGGUAAUCAAUUUUUACAUGAAUUUAUUGAUGGAGCGCAGUGAAAAAAAGAAUAAUGUGCCCGUUCUAAAAAUCUACAGCAUGAACACAUUUUUUAUUCCUCGCCUAUUAAAACACGGCUUUAUUGGUGUCAGACGAUGGACGCUUAAAGUGGACAUCUUAGAAAAAGACAUAAUAGUUGUUCCCGUCCAUGUAAGCGGUGUUCAUUGGUGUAUGGCUAUAAUUCACCUUAAGAAUAAGUCUAUAAAGUAUUAUGAUUCAAUGGGAAUACCUAAUCCAAAAGUGUUAAGUGCAUUGGAGGAGUACCUUAAGGAAGAGUCGCUCGAUAAAAAAAAAAUUGCGUUUGAUACCUCUGGAUUCCUUAUUGAAUCAGUAAACGAUGUGCCGCGACAAAUGAAUUCUACCGACUGCGGUGUUUUCAGCUGCAUGUUCGCCGAGUACAUUACGCGUGAUAAGGCAAUCACCUUUAGCCAAGAGCAUAUGGAAUAUUUUCGUCAAAAAAUGAUUGUUGAAAUUGUGGGAGGAGAGCUCUUGCAGUAAAUUUCCCUAGAUAUAUAACCAUUCACAUUAAUAAUAUAAGAAACUGUUUAAAGUCACCUUUAAUUACUUAUAUCACUUAGUUGAAAAAACUGUAAU